GUGAUUUGACUGAGUGAAAAGGUGGAGGCAGACUGCUUGUGCAAAUACUCGUCUGAAUGCAGCUGGAACUCAAGUAAGGCAGAUUAUAGAAACAAAAAUCAUUAUAAAAGAUAAAUCGUCAAGCGAUUUGACUUCGAGAGAUAACUGUUAAAAGAGGAACGGACAGCGCAAUUAUUUUUGCUGCACAUCCUUACAGACACAGCUGCCAAACUAUCAGCAAGCUGUCGGAAGAUUAACAACACAGAAGCUAAAUGUAAAAAGGAUUGCAAUUAUUAGUGGUAAUAGGCUAUUGUAUGUAUAUAUUUAUUUAUGACAGACAGACCUGUCAUUGUAUGCGGAUCAUGUAACUGGGUAGGUCAGUUAAAAAGACAGUUCUUGCACUGGUGGAAAUACAGUCCACGCACAGGUGAAUCAAAUGGGAGGGAAUUUGGGUUGUCACCGCUCAAUCCCGAAAGAUCCAGCGGAUUUUUGUCACAGCAAGCGCAAAUUCAGCGCAGCGUGCAACUUUAGCAACAUUUUGGUGAACCAGGAGAGGCUGAACAUCAACACAGCCACUGAAGAGGAGCUGAUGACACUGCCUGGGGUGAACCGCAUGGUCGCUCAGAACAUAGUGCAGUACCGCGAGUGUAUAGGGGGCUUCAAGAAAGUGGAGGACUUGGCUUUGGUGAGCGGGGUCGGUGCUGCCAAACUGGAGCAGAUCAAGAUAGAGAUAUGUGUGAGCAACAGGACGGGCUCCACGCAGCAGUCACCGAGCUCCCUGCGCAAAGACCAGAACCAAGAGCACCUGGCUUACACCAGGAUCAACAUCAACACAGCCACGCCGGCUCAACUGAUGAGCAUCCGUGGCAUCACCGAAAAGAUCGCCAAGAAUAUCGUAGACUACCGCCAGGAACACGGAACUUUCAAAAGCAUAGAAGACCUGGUUAAAGUCGCCUACAUCAACUCCUCCUUUCUGGAUAAAAUCAGGUUUCAAAUCUUUGCAGAGCGUUCCCGACCGCCGUCAACACACACCAAUGGUGGGGUAACUUUUACCUCCAAGUCGCAUCCUAGCCCGACUUCUCUCAGCCUUCAGAGUGAGGAUCUGGACUUUCCACCGGGUGGACCAACACAGAUAAUCUCGGUCCGGCAGAAUGUAGAAGCGUUCUCUGGUCUACGUGACGGUAAACCGGCCCUGAGGUUAGCAACCUGGAACCUGCAACACUGCUCGUCUGAAAAGGCAAACAACCCCGGAGUGCGGGAGGUGGUGUGCAUGACGCUUCUCGAGAAUGGCAUCAAGCUUUUGGCGGUCCAGGAGCUGGCUGACAGAGACGCAUUGGAAAAGCUUUGUGCAGAGCUGAACCAGUCGACACUGCCCAGCGUCCGCAAGUGGAAGGGCCCCCGAGGUUCCUGGAAAUGCGCCGUCUCAGACAGGCCUGCAGGACAGUCACACAAGGGCUCAGAGUUUGCUGGAUACCUGUGGGACAGCACUUCUGGAAUUGAUCUGAAGUAUUCCACCCUGCUAGAAAGUCCACAAGCCAAUGGGAAUGGAAAGCCAACCUACCCUAAACCAUACCUUGCAGAAUUUAAGGUUAGUACGAAUAAUUUUAAAGAAUGUUUCAUUCCCUUGCUUGGGGACUUUAGUCAGCCUCCAGACAGCAGUGAGUUUGACAUGUUAAGAAAAGAGAAGUUUUCUCCGCUGGUCCCCACAAGCACUUUCACUAACAUCAGCACCAAGAACCCCCAGGGAUCCAAGUCCCUUGACAACAUUUGGAUAAGCCGCUCUCUUAAGAAGGCUCACACAGGUCACUGGGUUGUCAUGAGGGAAGGCCUUACAAAUCCAUGGAUCCCAGAUAACUGGUCUUGGGGUGGAGUAGCUUCAGACCACUGCCCAGUGUUUGCUGAAUUUUACACAGACUCCCACAAGAAGGAGCCAGUUCGCAACGGAAAUGCAGUGACUGUCAUUGAACACAGCGAAGUGAAUCAUAGUCAUGAACGGUGACAGGAUUCAGACUGAAAAAAAGGGAUGCUGUACUUUUAGAGUUCUUUUCAAGGUAGCAUGAAUGUGUACCAACAUUGAAUGUGAAAAGCACCAAGUCUGCAUUUUUAUUUUUCGUCUUCAAAUCCAAUUUGGGUCUUGUGCUUCAAAGAUUAAAUAACAAUUAUUUUA